AUGAUUGAUCAUCAUCAAGGCCCAUGUUCAAUGAGUAUCAUAUCUGCUCUAUUGCUCAAGAUUCAUGAGCAUCAGAAGUCCCAAAAUGUCAAAGAAUCCCUCAGGAAGAAAACAAGACAUUUUGAGAUAUUGAGAGGUAUAUCAUGUUCACGAAACAAUGGGCAACUCUCGACCACCCAUCUGGACCUCGUCAAAAAGAACUCGGCAAUCAGAAACUCGGCAAUCAGAAUGGUAGUCGCCACUCUAAUCCACGAACGAUACCAGUUCAUUACCGAAGGAUUCCUGCCAGAGCCAAAGGUUGGAGCCCUAGUUGGCAUUCUGUGUCCAGAAUGCCAAACCCCCCUCCGUUACCAUGCGGCACUUGAAGACGCAUGGCGGAUCCAUUGCCCACGACGUCCAAGGAACGAACACAAUUGGCGAACCUGGCAAUGUGAUCAGCUCAACCACGAACGUGCGCUGAUCCACGCUGGUGCUUCUCGCCCAAUCGUCUCUUCUACAGCCGAUUGGGGACCCCGAAUGUCGCCUGCAGGGGUGAUUCUUCCACCAAAACCAACCAAAGAAUCAAACAAUCCACCGGUCAAAAGGAAUGCGAUCGAAGCACAUCCAUUUUUAGGUCGCCAAUCUGAGUUCACUCCGUUCAAUCAGCUCAACUCACUUGCAGGCCCACACCGAACUCAGAGAGGCUCUCACCCCUGUCUGCGACCUUCCCGUGGGCCAGCGGCACGUACCCACCGGACCAAUGGGAACAAGGGUUGCCCAUAUCAAUACUGUCAAGCGUGCUGCCUUGAAUACGGUCUGGGCCCAUGCCCCAAACACGUUCGACCUGGCCCUCCAGUUCCUCGCCAAGCUGUAGCCACCAAAUCUAAUCAGUUGCUGCCUCCCGUGGAACCACAACCGAGCACGUCUACUGACCUUACUCCAGCGCCAGCACGGCCACGUCUACCACGGCCACACCAGUGGGCCCAAUCUGCCAACUCACUUGGACGACGUCUGGACAGUUCAGUUGUCUCAAAAAUCCAAAUUAACCGAGCUGAACGAUAUGAAGCGGUUCAACGGGGUAUAGCAAACCAGUACGGCGAAGCACAAGUCGUUGUGAUUUACCUUUGGCUCAACGAAUCCGAACCUAAGGUUAUCUCAGCGCAUUUGGCCAACUGGCCCAAGGCCAGCCUAGACGAAUCACCCCUCCUCAUGCAAGCAUGCACCAAGGCACUUGGCCCUGGAUGGAACCGUGCCCUUUGUUUCUGGGAUGAAAAGAUUGACACUUGGUCUCAAUUCCUCGCCCAAACACUCCAAACAGCACGAAACCAUGGUGACAUUUCCUCACCGAUUCCCCGCCAGCAAAAAGGAGAUAGUUGUCAGGUCGGCAAACGUGGACCCCCGAACGCUUGGUUUGCCAAAAUCGAAAAGCAAGCAAGACGUACCCGCUUAUUGGGGUGCCACGCAAACUGCUCUCCUGAGGCUCAACCGCCUCGCGCGGCGGAAGAAUCUCCUGAUGUGAUUGUCGUCAACAGCAAAUUUGCUAAAUCCCCUAAUAUCACUCAGGUCAAACGCGAACGCGAACUCUCUGAACUACCGGAGUUUGACUACGGCACAGAUAAUGGUAAACGAAAUGCUCAAAGAGAUGACCACCUGUCACCGGAGGAGGACGAGUUGGCAGCGAGCCCUACUCCAACACCUAUGAGCACGGAUACAAACUCCCUGGACACAACGGCCACCUCGCUUGAAAAGACCAAGAAGAAAGGCUGGCCUUCCUCUUCUGUUCUGGUUUCACGACUUCUGGCGUGGUAUAAGGACUCUCACAGUCGACCCCCCGCAGUGGCCUGGAAGGAGGAAUUUGGCGAUGAGUGGAAGUAUGUGUCUUCCACUAUGUAUCGGUAUAAGCUAUGGAUAAAAACGGUGGACUACCAGCGGUUCAAGGUUGAUUACAGCGCAAAACCCCUUGCAAAUGUAGGUGAAGCCCGAAUUUUGUACCAGAAGGAGUUCAAAGAGGUUUGCAAAACCUGUCCGGAGGAGAACAAUGAAGAUGUUGAUUAG